AGCCAGUUUGGCUCAAGCCAGCCUCAAGCCCCCUGGUCGACAUUUUCCCCCGCGCAUUGCCGGCCCGGAGUGUGGCGCUGCAGGGGACUGGAGAGCUUGAGAUGGUGCGGGCGGAGUCGCCUGACGGUGAUUCUGGGUGGUAUCGGAGGUCACGUGCCGCCCGUACGGCGGUCCAGCAGCGGGCGCUGGCGGCGGCAGACGCUGGACUGGCGGCGGCCCAUCACAAGCUCCGUGACCUCGAGGAGCGGCUCGCGGUGCAAGUUCGCGAGAACGACAGGUUGCGCAGUGUGUUAUUCGGCGGGGAGUCUGAUGACCUGCGAGGAGACGAGCUUCGCCGACGGUGGAGGAGCAUCGAAUCAGUCCUGCGGGCACAGCUGCAAGCCCGAGAUGGAGUACUGGAGGCUCCUCUGACCGACGCCGACAUCCUUCUCCGUAACCUCGCCGAGCAUUCUGCGCAGGCACCAGGCCCCGAGGUCCGCUGCCAGGAGCUGAGGAGCCUCCAGAAGUCCGCGCGCCUGGCACCUCCUUUCGCGCUCGCGGAUCGGCUACUGGAGCCUCAGGAGCAAUUGCCAAAUGGCGUGGAGCCGAGCUUCGGGAACCCUGGAGCUGAUGUUCUGGCCGCUCAUGCUGUUCCUGGGCUUGACGGCCGUGGAGGUUUUCAAUUUCAGUUUCGCUUUGAAGCUCCUGCCCUCGUUCCUGGUGCGGGCAGCUGGGCGAGGCUGGACGCUGCAGGCGCCAGGUGCACGUGCGGCGCUACUGUCUUUUCGUCCUGCCGCGCGGCCGUCCCCCUGCGGCUGAAGGCUCUGAGGGAGGGGAAGUGCACGUGCUGGCGAGCAGUUCGGUGCCGUAGAGGGAGGGCCCCUUGCCCUCUCUCGCCGCCCCGUCGUGGAUCCUGCGGGGACUCCCCGUCGAUCCUGGUGAAGGCCGCUUGUUCGGCUGCAGUGAUUAUGCAAGUGGGAGCCUGCCAAGGACAGGAGUGGCGGAUGCUGGGGCGUUGUUCUUUCGGUUCGCGGUGGCUCGGUCCGACGACUCCAGCGCAGACCCGCUCGACGAGAGCGACCUGGACGGCUUCGGCUUUUAGCAGUCACUGCAGGUCAUGGUCACGGCAGUUCCCAUCGUUGUUGUCAUGCCGUACCCGGUCGUCGAGCCGUUCGGCCUGGUCUUCCUGGAGUUCGUGUUCGUCGGAGUGGUCAGAGGUGAUAGCGCCGAGGCCAAAAACAAUCCCCCCCCUUUCUCAUGCGUUUUACGAGUUGACAGCAGUUUCAAGGUUUCUCAUGGCCAAUGUCCCAGACAUAGCGCUCUGGGAAGAUGUCGGGCUGUAAGUGCGCAGCAGUUUCGUUGAUUCGUGGUGUUGAUUCAAGUCCGGGGAACGGUGUUCUGACGCGACUCAGGAUCGUCGAGACAUAGAAGUAAGGGUAGUUCGCGGCGUUGAGGU